CAAGCACAUUCAUUAUACUCAAAGAUGUGUUCGUCUGUUGUGGUGUUGCUUUUCGCGGUGGCUUUUCCGUUAGAGAUUAUUAAAGCAGGAAAGUUUUCUCAGGGAAUCCACCUGGGAAAAAAUAACUUUAUAGCCCGAUCCUGCCUGGACUAUUUAAAAAAUGGAGUGUUUGAAAACGGUUUCUACUGGCUUUUCGACGAUAAGUACCAACGAUACGUUGCUUACUGCGACCUUGAAUCGGAGCCGGGUGCAGCCUGGACCCUUGUCAUGUCUUGGAAUCGAGCGUCCAGAAGCCUACGCCAAUUCAGAAGCAGCACUUUUGCACAAGACGCACCAAUUAACCACAAGACGCCGAACUGGGACUCGUACCGACAGACGCUCUCUCGGAUGAAGAGCCUCCGCAGCACAUCGACACACUGGCGAGCAACCUGCAGUUUCAAUCACCUUGAUAACAUAGAUUACCGAGACUACGUAAGGGGAAGUUUCAGCAACAACGAUAUCAUGGGUUUUCUUGGACACGGCCAAUGCCUGUUGGUGGACUACGUAAAUAUCCGUGGACAUGCAGCUGGCCCUGGUACAACAGCAAGGUUCUGGCAGGUUCAUAACACCUACAUGCUUCACAUCGACAGCAGUCAUACUGGCUGUGGGUUCGUGCCCACUGCUGGGUCUUCAGCCAGUGAGGACAACUUUGGUUUUAACCAGGCUUUCAAUACCAAUUUCCGUUGUAACGGAGGCGAUUUUUCCACAACACAGUGGUGGUUUGGUGGAUACCUGGCUGAAUAACCGAUCAAAUGCUGUGAUUGUCUAGCAUUACGCAAAUGGAAUUUAUCUAAAUGGACGGAAAUUUGAUUGAUUAAAUAGGAAUGCAAAAUUCUUGACUUUAAAGUUGACUCACGAAACUACUCUAACAGGCAUCUAAAGGUUUAUGAAAUAGUUUGCAAUUAGUAGAUACUGAAAUAAAGUACCUUUUAUCCGAAAUAAACCGAAAAUUCAUGUUAAAAAUGUA